UGGAAAAAGCCAUAACAUCCCUGUGAAAUUGGAGCAAUUUCAGUUUAAAUCGUUAACGUGCACGAAUUUCAUUGGGCCCUAUCCCACCGUAGAGCAAAUUUCACAUCUUCCCGUAUUUUAGGGUUUCGCCUCUCUCCACCUUCUCCUUACCUAGUUACGUCUCCCUCUCUCUUUGACUCGCCGGUCGGUGAAUAUUACGGAAAAUCCUAUUUUCCGAUAACAAUCCCGACCUGCGAUUGUCUUCAACUUUUCCCUGUAAAAUUUCAUUGCCAAUCGCACAAUUAACCUACUUUGUUACCUCCAAAAUCUUUGAUUUCGAAAUUUUAGACUGAGGCUGUCUUUACCAAAUAUUCAUUUCUAGAUUGAAAUCUUCACUUGCCUUAUUGCUAUUGUUAUAGCUGCCGAGGAAUUUGGAGGAGGGCUCUAGAUAGUUAAUUGUGCGUGGAUUAUAAGCGAAGAUGACCAGUCAAGGCGGAUCUUCCAGGAGAAGUCUGUCGUUGACAAAUUCAUCUUCUGUGCUUGGGAGGAAGAAAGCAUCUGAGAAUGGUGGAGGCCCCGAUCCUUCACGAAAAUCCUUCAACUCUUCUCGGCCCGGGGGAUUAACUGGUGAGCGUACAGUAAAACGACUGCGCCUGUCAAAGGCCUUGACAGUACCUGAAAGCACAAGUAUUUAUGAUGCUUGCCGUCGUAUGGCUGCUCGUAGAGUUGAUGCCCUAUUGCUAACCGACUCAAAUGCAUUACUUUGUGGAAUUCUUACAGACAAGGAUAUAGCAACAAGAGUUAUUGCUCGUGAAGUUAAUCUUGAGGAAACACCCAUUUCUAAAGUUAUGACCAGGAACCCAGUUUUUGUUCUUUCCGACACUCUUGCUGUGGAAGCUCUCCAGAAGAUGGUUCAAGGAAAAUUCAGACAUUUGCCUGUUGUUGAAAAUGGAGAGGUCAUUGCAUUACUUGACAUAGCAAAAUGUUUAUAUGAUGCAAUUGCUCGCAUGGAAAGAGCAGCUGAGAAAGGAAAGGCAAUUGCUGCAGCAGUUGAAGGUGUAGAGAAAAAUUGGGGGACAUCUUUUUCUGGACCUAAUACAUUCAUCGAGACACUUAGAGAGCGGAUGUUUAGGCCUUCUUUAUCUACCAUAGUUCCAGAGAAUUCAAAGGUUGUAACAGUUUCACCAACUGAAACAGUUUUGGCAGCGACAAAGAAGAUGCUUGAAUUUCGAACAAGCUCUGCAGUGGUGAUUGUUGAUAGCAAACCACGGGGAAUUUUGACUUCAAAGGAUAUUUUGAUGCGGGUAAUAGCACAAAAUCUUCCCCCAGAUUCCACUUUGGUGGAAAAGGUCAUGACCCCUAACCCUGAAUGUGCAACUGUUGAUACGCCGAUUGUUGAUGCUCUGCAUACCAUGCAUGAUGGAAAAUUUUUGCACCUUCCAGUGGUAGACAGAGAUGGGAAUGUAGUUGCUGUUGUUGAUGUAAUUCAUAUUACUCAUGCUGCAGUAGCCACGGCUGGAAGCACUACUGGAGUAAAUAAUGAGGCAGCAAGUACAAUGAUGCAAAAGUUUUGGGAUUCUGCAAUGGCCUUAAGUCCCAAUGAGGAUGAUGAGGAUACACGGAGUGAAGGUUCCUUAAAAGUACCUUCCGAAGGAGAUACAGGGAGAUCUCUUGCCUAUCCUUCAUCAUCGGGGUUGCCAAAUACGUUUAGUUUUAAAAUUGAAGACAAGAAGGGCCGGAUGCACAGAUUUACUUGUGAUACUCGGAGUUUAACAGAUUUAAUAACUUCAAUACUUCAGAGACUAGGGGAUGACAUUGACCGUAACAACUUGCCUCAAAUUUUGUAUGAAGAUGAAGAUCAUGACAAAGUUGUUCUGGAGUCAGAUAGUGAUCUUGUAACAGCUGUCGAUCAUGCAAAAUCAGCUGGUUUGAAGGGUCUGAGGUUGCAUUUAGAUUAUUCUGGCGUACAUGGUCGCCGAGGUGGUUCUAGUUCAGGAGAUUUAGAUUACACACACACAGAUGCAUGGGCUGCUGCAUACAGUGCUGUAGCAGCAGGUGCUGCUCUGGUUGCUGGGUUAGGCGUGCUUGCAUAUUUGCGAAGAUCCGGAUACUAAUGUGUCGGAAUACAAAUCAAUUUACCUGAAUUAAAUUGAGAAAGAGUGGAAUUGAUCGUGACAGCAUUUCUUCUGCUUGACAAUGUGUUCUUGUAGAAGUACAAAUGGACAAGAAAAAAAAAACUAAAAUUCUUGGUGCUGGGUGCUGCACUGCACACUUGACAUGUAUGGACUUACUGCUGUGUAUUCUUUUUCAGAUAUACAGGUUGGAGAAUUUUGAUGUAUAGAAAAUAAAUUAUUGUGCCGCUCCAGUUUCCACUUUGCACUAUACAAUUUUGACUUUGGAAA